CAUUACGCUGUCCGUGUUAGAGCACGCGAAGCGACACGUAGCCACCCUCGAUAUUCAUCGUUCAUUUCUCAGCUACGAGAUAUCCGCGUGCGUGCGCGUCCACGCGCGUGUGUAUGUGUGUGUGCACGUUCACAGUCGACAAAAAGUGCUAUUUGUUCAGAUCGACGAAUGUUACAAUCAUCGAAGAUGUUCCAUCCGAAGACCUUACACGAGAUGAUCAUGCCGCUGCUCGUGGCGAACUUUGUCCUGGGGAUAGGAAUUUGGACCACCAAGCGUGGAAGGAUCCUGAACAUCGCGUACUCGUUCGUCUGUCUGGUGAUCUAUUGCGUUCUGAUGAAGUUUUCGAUGGAAUAUAUGUAUCUCUACUUUGCACACAAGGCAAAUGACUUCGGCGUUGUGAUAUUCCGAGCGAUCUUCUACGCGAAUAUAUGUUUCACGUUGUUUCUCGUCCCUAGCGGUUGGUUGAGGAGAAAGCGCAUGAAGGAAGCAAUGAUGCGUAUCACGAUGUGUGAGAAAACAAUGGAGCUAAUGGGAUUACCGAAGAACUAUCGAAAAUUAUACUUGAAUCAACUUUACGCGCUCGGAUUCAUUGUAUUGAUAUUUAUCGUAUCCGUUAUAAUCAAUUACAAUGGAAUGUUCGUAGAAAAUACACCCUUGCAUAGCAAAAUCGUUCUUAUACUCGCCGUAAACUACCCUGUCGCCUUACUCUAUGUAACCGACGUGUCCUUUUUGCACUGGGUCAGGUACGCGAAGAUGCGAUUCGAGCAGCUAAACAGUUUGCUGCAACGCAUGUUAACCACUACCCCCGAUUCGCCGCAGCAUAAAAGAGUACUGAAAAUGAAGGAUGAGUGGAACAAAACCUUCACAUCCCCGACGCAACAGGAUCGUAGAUCCGAGGAAAACACCGAAACGAUGAGGGCUUGCAAGCAGGUUCAUCUGGAAUUAAUUAAGGCAACCAGGAGCACGAACGAAGCGUACGGCAUACAGAUUCUCUGUUCUAUGACGAUAUCAUUUGUGUUUAUCACUAGUCUUCUAUACUACGCUUAUUCGAUUUUUUGGCUGCCCCUCAGCAAAGAGGUAUUCCGACAGGAGAUGAUAGAAGUCGUUAGCUGGAUUCUAUUCUAUGCGUCCAAGGUCCUCAUAAUAAAUCAUAUGUGCGCUUUGGCAAGCAUUGAGGCCGCGAAUACAGGUGACAUAAUCUGCGAACUGUACGAGCCAUCCACCAGCAAAGAAUUUCGCGCGGAGAUACGGGACUUCACUUUGCAACUGAUACAAAAUCCCUUGAUUUUUACGGCGUGUGGAUUUUUCAAUCUGGAUCAUACAUUUAUUCAUGGGGUCAUUGGUUCAGUCACCACGUAUCUCGUAAUUCUCAUCCAAGUUGGAGAUCUACCACAGUCAAAUUCUACAAAAAAUUCCUCCAUACUAAACAAUGGAACAAGUUUAACUACAUUUAGUAGUCUUACAACUUAUGUUUAUGACCAAAUAUAAAUUUUACGCAUUACAUUUUUUACUAAUCCGGAAAGAUUUUAAAAGUCAAAAAUUCGUGUGUGAUUGUUUUAAAAUAUGUAUAUUUUAUGCGCAUUUGUAAUGCAAAAAGGAAAAGAAGCGUUUGCUGUUAUAUGUUGAAUCUCUCUUUCAUGAAAAAAUAUAUAUUACAAAAAUUGAAAUAUUUAAUAAAAUGUAUCAUAUAUCUUUUUAUAAAUAUAUGUGUGUGAUUAUUUUUGUUUUUUCGAUUUUCUAUCGGUUUUUAUAAGCAGAGUAAUUGCAAAAGAUUUGUAGAGCGUUAUAAAAUUAAUUUUAUAAUACGUGCAUUAUAAUUCUCUUAUUUAAAAAAAAAAGUCUAUAUUCUUAUUUUGACGAUAUCAAAGACACAAAAAGAAAUGAUAUUGCAAAGUGUUUAAUUGUCUGAUCGGUUAACGAGAAUCCGAUGACCGAAUUCACCCCGACGAUUUUCCGCCAAUUAGAACGCCGACGGGGAUAUUGUGUCAAUUACACUACCCCAAGUGCACUUACCCUGCUCGACUACUAUCCAGAUGGAGGCGUUAGUCCGUGAAAUUCGGUCUUCCCGUAAUUUAAUAGCGCCUAACUUGAUCGAAGCAGCUUCCUAUUCCCAAUCAAUUACACGUGUGAUGAGUUACGUGAAACCUUCGCGCGAUUCUCGAAUUCUCUUCCCGAUUUCUCUUUUCUCUCUCUAUAAAUUUUUUAGCCAAUGAUAUGACUUUUAUAUAACAUUAAUAUAUUUUUUUCUUUAUAUAAUUUAUAUUUUAUAUAAUAUUUAAUAUACUUAAGCAAUGCACACGCGCGCGUGUGAUAAGAUUUGAUAUUUUUUCAAUACAUGCGCAAAUUUCAUGUUUCUUUUAUUUACUUUCUUUUUGUUUUUUCGUCGAGCUUAUGUUGUGAAAAAUUACUGUACACGCGAUCUUAUUUUUGUAUAAAACAAAAAGAAUUGAGAUAUUAUUAUAGGAUUCUUCGCAAAAUGCGAUCGCGCAUAUUCUAAUGAAACUCACGGUGUUUCAUUCGAUAUAUAUCAUUUAUAAGAAAACAUAUUCGAACGUAUGGAUCUCGUGAACAAGGGGGAUGUACAGAGGCCGUUUACAUCGAGGAUAACAUUAAUUGGGAAUUAAGGGCGCGAACGUAGGUAGCCGUCACGAGCCACCUGCUACUACGGUACUCUCGUCUCGGGCUAAAGGGAUUGAUUUAUUGUGCCCAGGGGAGAAAGAGGGUUUGAGUGCGGACCGGUUCGAAUGGAUGCCAACCAAUGUGUCCCAUUGUCCCCUCCCGUUAAAUAAAAUUCUUAAGAGACAUCGCGAAUACAUUAUCGAUGAUACGAUAUUGUUAUUACAAAACUAUCCUUUUCCUCGAGUGAUCGAAUCUUUGUUUAAAAUUACACGCGGCUACAUUUUUUUCAAUUUAAUAACCGGUUUUAACUUAUUCUUUAGCAUUACAUAAGAAGAUCGACGUAAAAUAUUGUAUAAUGAAAAAAAAUAUCUAUGUAUUUGAAUGUAAAUAUUUUAAGCCUGCAAAUUUGGUAAUUUUUUACAUCUUAGCACCAAAUGACAUAUGAUUAAUGUUCUGGUAUUAGAAUUAAGAAAGUUAUAAAAAAUGGAGUUGAUAACUUAAGCGCGAAUAUUUCUGAGAGGUUUAUAUAUAUAUCACUUCAAAAAUUAAGACUUUUAAAAAAUAAAAACAAUUGCGGUGUAUAAUUAAAAUAUUUUAAAUUAUAAUUAUCUCUUUAUAAUCAGUCGGAAAAAAAAGAUACGAACACUCGGUAAGUGAAAUCUGUACAUCGUGCCGGAUCAAUGGGGUGCAUUUUUCUCCCGACCGAAGCAUACGGGCUGGAUUAGAGAUGGAAAUUGAGGAAAGGCAAACACAAACAGCAGUCUACAAUCCUAAUAAUCCGCAAAUGUCGUUUAUCAUCUGAGAGCGGAUCCGCCUUAACCCCAGAGACCACUCCUACUCGCAGGGUGCGCGCAGUCGCCGACCGUUGUCCCCUUUCUAUUCUUGUAUCUGUAUGUGUAUGUCUUUGUUUUCAUCAAACUACUUACAUAUACAAUCAUAUCCAUCCAGCUUUUGCUGUAACUUUACAAUGUAAUCAGAAAUAUACAAAGAAAUAAAAUUAAAAAUACUAGAGUAGAAAAAUAUUAUAUACUCUAUUAUAUA